CUCUUCUUCUCUGCGUGAACGACGAUGAACGCUCUCACCAAGGCCCUUACACAUAUCACCCCACCCCCAUUCGUCGCACCUUCAGAGUACCACGGUAUCGAGUACAGAUGGCGCUUUAUGACCUUUCGGCCAGCCUACUUUGAAACAGAGGCAUAUCUUCUGCUUGCAUUGGGAGCCUUCGUUUUGGUCGCCAUUGUAGGGAUCGGCUAUAACAAAAACAAAGCCAGUUCUUGGAUCGCAAAACAGACGCCGCUAUUGACAUCCCAAUUCAACACUACUUCUCCACUCACCUGGGACGGCUAUUCUGAUGCUUUCACCUUCUCAACUGGACGCCGUGUCGUCGCUGCUCUUCAUACCACCUUUGCCCUCCGUCCCAGGCAUGAUCCAUUCCAGGUCCUGUUCCAGCUUGGUCGGGGCCUGGUGGAUGUCCAGUACUCUCCAAGGGAUCUCGUAGAGCUCGACUUUACUUUAGCAGAAGGAGCGGUCCCCAAUGAUUUUGUCUGGGCAGUCGUAAGCAAACGUGAGCUGAGAGGUGUCAAAGAUUACCGAUGGGACUUGACUUUCACCAAGACGACAGACCAUCCUGCCCUUCCUGCCAACAUAUCGGUCAUGUCCGAGUUCGCAGACGUAACGGAAGCCCUUCUGAAAUCUACACCACUUCCCAUCCUCCUCAAAGAAUUGUCCAAUUUGGAUGGCUUCCGCUCUCUUAGCGUGACUGAUCAGCCCCGUGUUCGACCCGACGUUCCUACAUCGCCUUCUAAAAAGCACGUAAUCCUCUCUCUCUACGUGUCAUCGUCUGCAGUACCUCCCACACUUUUCUCUUUCAUCGAUACCCUCUCCAGGAUCAAUUUGAGGCCCGAAACCAAGAAUAAGCUACGGAAAUCGCGUGAGGAGCUAGAGAAGACCUUGAAUCAGGAGGCAGAGAGGGAGGAGAAGGAGAAGAAGGAGGAAGUCAAUGAGGAUAAGAGGGCAGAAAGGAGGAGAAAGGAGGAGGAAAGAAUAGGUAAGCUAAGCUCUGCCGAACAGCAGAAGUACCUCGAACGCGAGCGCAAGCGCAGUCUUCGCAAGUCACAAGGACGGACCGUGCGGAAAUAACAUGUCAAAAAAGAUUGUUCAGAUUAUUGGAAAGUAUUGUGUGUUCUCUCUAUAUUACAGUAGCAUCAUCGGGC